UUAUAACCAAUAGAAUUGAAUUUCGUGUCUUUAGGUGAAAUGUACAUGGUAAAAACGUGAUUUUAUUCAGUUUCAUAUCUGUUCGUAGCAUGUGGUAAUAGACCCUUCUUCUAUUGAAUAAAAAGUUGUUUACGAAGAUAUUUGGAAAUUUCUAAAAUUUGAUAUAAUGAUUUCUGAAAAACUGUUAAUUGUUCUUGGACUCUUCUUCAUCAUAAAUAAUGUUUCAGCUGCACUUAACAAAGAUUAUUAUGAGAUACUUGGAGUGAAAAGAACUGCAUCUGAUCGAGAAAUCAAAAAAGCUUUCAGAAAACUAGCAGUUAAAUAUCAUCCGGACAAAAAUAAAGGAAAAGAUGCUGAAGAAAAGUUUAGAGAAAUAGCCCAAGCUUAUGAAGUAUUAUCUGAUGCAGAAAAAAGGAAAAAAUAUGAUCAGUUUGGAGAGGCUGCAUUUGAAAAUGGUGGAAAUGGUGGUCCACACAAUUUCCACUUUAAUUUUGAUGAUUUCUUUCAUCACUUUGAUGAUGCAUUUGCAUUUCAUUCUGGCAAUCGUAGAGGACAUGAAGGACAUCAUCAUGGACAUGGUUUCAGGAUGCCAUUUGGAAGCAACGGAGGUUUUUUCAAUUUUGAUGAUCUUUUUGAAGAUAUGAAUCCAGGGGCUGAUAUGUUUGAAGAAUUUGGAGGCUUUGAACCAUUUGGAAGUAGAGAGUCAUAUUUUGGUGGUGGUCAUUUUAGUAAUGAUAUCCAUAAGGCACAAUAUCAUUCUUACCAACAGAGAUCAAGUAGUGGAGGUAGAUGCCGAACAGUCACACAGAGAGUGGGUAAUAUGGUCACAACAUAUACACAAUGUUCUUGAAAACCAUAUUUUUUCUGAUUUUUGUAAAGAUUAAAAGACCAAAAUUAUUUUGCAAAUCAUAUCUAUGGAUUUACAUUGCUCAAGAAAAUAUCUUCAAAAUUCUCUUAUUUACUAGAUAAGAAAUUUAUAAUAAUUAAAACAAAUUAAAAAUUUGAAAGAAAUUUGAAUCAGUUUUGUUUUUAGCUCCUCAGUUUUUCUGUAUAAUGUAUUCAUGUAUUUAUAUAAUUUAAAAUACAUUAUCUAUAAAUUAAAUAGUAUUGUUUUUAUAAAACAUACUGUUUAUCAAUAAUUGUUUUUUUGGUUAAUAGCAUUUCAUAAAUUAUUAUUUUUAAGUAAUAAAAGUCAAGAGAUGACUGUUGUGUUUUAUCUUUAGCAAACAAUAGAAAAAUGUUAUUGAUAUAAGUGAGUUGAUUAGUUAAUCCUGUUUUAGUCUUAAGCAUAUAAAAUUACUUGUUUUAUGAUAAAAAGAAUUUUCUAUUAAUUUAUAUUAGAAAAAAAUCCUAAGUUAUUCCAAUAUUACAUUUUUUCUCUUGAUCUUCCUUAUUCAUUAUAUUUAAGUAGACACUUGUAAUACCUGUUAUUUAUCUGUUUCAAUGUUUAUUCUUAUUGAAAAUUCUGUAGUAUUUUUCUAGUGCAGAAUAUCUUUUCAUAAUAUUGAGAUAUGUAUCUAUGAAGAAUUUUGUAUUGAAAUUAUUUUUUAUAGCAUUGUAAUAUUUCAAAAUUAGCCAAACAAUAAGCUUCAAAUGAUGAUUUAAAUUUAUCUUUAGGAUGUAAAUAUUACUUCAUUAACAUUUUAAAUUAUAAAGGAAAGUUGAUUGUAAAUAGGUAUUAUACAAGAGUAGUAAAUUUAUAUUAUUGUUAACUUUAAUAUAAAUUCCAUUAAAAAUUUUUGUAUAUUUUAAAAUUUAGUUUUUUUAAUAUCAAAUAUCUCUUUGGCAUUUACUUAAGAGUAGCAUGUUAUUAUCAUUUUAAUUGCUAUUAUUCUUUCAUACUAACUGAAACAAUAGAGAAUAUUUUCAAUAUUUGUUCCUCCUUUUUAAGAAUUAUUUUUCUGUUGCAUAUAAUACAUACCACUUAUAGUUAUAUAUAAGAGAAAAGUCUAAAGACUGAUUUAAAACAAAAUGAAAGAAAUAUAUAUGUGAAUAUUUAUAUAAAAUCUGCUUUAAAUAUUCUUCCCCUUUGAUUUAUGCAGUAGAUUGGUUCUAAAACAGUUGUGUAAAUCAAAAUUUUGUGAACCAAGACAACAUUUAUAAGGGAAAUGAAGGAAUGGAUUCUAACAUUUCAUAUUUUACAUAUAAAUAUUAGUCUCAGUUUACACAGUUUUGAUUUGUUCUAUGAAAGUUUUAAAUAAAUUACUUUAAUAAAUUUGAGGAUAGGUGUAUUCAACAUUUAAGAAAUGAUAUGUGUAAAUUAGUGCAGCUUUAGUUGUUAAUUGAUAAUGAAAAACAACUUUUCACUAAAAUUAACAUAUUAUUUUUAAUUGUAUAAACAUAUUUUUAAAUAAGAGUUUCUUCUUGAAUUCAUACCAAUAGAUAUUUUUAUCAUCAUAUUCUAAAUAGUUGCAAUAUUGAUGUUGCAAUUAAAAUCUGAACACUUUUGUAAAAGAAUAUAAUAGUUGUGUAAAUAAAAUACUGUAUUUAUAAAGUAAUAAAUUGUAAAUAUUACAAUAAAAAAGAGUUAUUAAUAAUUGUAAAUAUAAUUUAUGUUCCUUUGUAUUUACAGAGAUGUUUGUAAAUAUAUAAAUUAGAAAAAUGUAUACAGUAUGUUAAAAAAAAUGCACAGAUUAUCUUAUGUACACAUUCAUUUUAAUUUUACAAACUAUUACAUUUUGAUUUCUGUUAUCUUUAAUUAAUACUUUUGAUUGUAAAUUCUUAUCUGAUUGAACUUCAAAUAAUUUAAAAUUCAACCAGUAUUAUUAAAUAAUAAUUUAUGUAUUAACAGUUUUUAUGAAAAUAAAUGAGCAAAUUUGUUCAAAAAUAUUGA